UUGAGCUUGGUUCUUGCAUCGAGACGGAUGGCGUGCGAUGGCUGAUGAGUUGAAAUUAUAUCUGUCAAUUACGCGUUACGUUCUGAUCUACGCAUGUGAACAGCUGGAUGUCUCAUAUCAGUCAGAGCGCGGGACGAUUCUGCGGGAUAAGAGGCUGCACCUUUGUUGACAGAUUUUAUUCGAGCUCGCUUCGUCGAUUCUUUGAUACAUCGGAAGCUUAAAGGAUGGAGGAAAAUCCAACGAAAGUACGCAAGAGGCUCCAGCACGAGGACUCGGUGGGAAACAAUGUGCAAAAUCGCAUCUGGAGUCACGACAACGAAAGCGAGGAUGAGAUCGCGAGCGAGAACGCGUUGUUGAACGAAGUCAGCCAACCGAGGCAAAAUCACUCUAGUCCAGCAGAAUGCAAAACUUGCCCGAUCACGACAUUUGCAGAAGAGAAAAUGCGUCGCAAACUGCGAUUCUUUUUCAUGAAUCCAAUUGAAAAAUGGCAGGCAAAACGGCGUUUUCCAUACAAAUUUGUUGUCCAAGUCGUCAAGAUAAUCCUUGUGACUGUGCAGCUCUGUUUAUUCGCACACAACAAUUAUAUGCACGUGAAUUAUACUUGGGAUAAUCGGAUUACAUUCUCUCAUCUCUUUUUAAUGGGAUGGGACUCUACUCAAGAGGUACCUGCAUAUCCACCCGCAACAGGACCAUUGGCCAUUUACAAACGAAGCAAUUUCUAUGAUGCCAUUGAUUAUGCUCUGCAUGGCUUCUACAAUGUUGAUGAUGCUAUUGGCUCGUACUCGUAUAUCGCCGAAGACAAUUCCGUCGGACCUGUAGUUUUAUGUCUUUACGAGUACAAGGAAGGCACCAUAUUCGGCUUCAACGAGAGUUACGUGUUCGACAGCGAGAUUGUGGAAACCUGCUUAAACAUCAGUCUCGAGGUUUUUGAUACAUUUAAAUCGUCGCACAAAUUUCUACAAAAUAGAAACAUAAACGUUAAGUUCUCUGCGCUGGUACGCGCUCAUCUCAAAUUUGCUCUAAAGACAGUAAACUUAAAAGCGGCCGGUCCAAUGACUCCACCCGAUUGUUAUCGUUUCAACGUCAAGAUCGAUUUUGAUAAUCGCGAUUUUGAUGGACAAAUGUUGCUCUCGUUAGACGCCGAUGCCAGGAAAUUACAAUGCAAAGGCGACACCCGCUAUAUCACAGAUAAUCGCAUCGAAUCAGCAUUGAGAACUUUGUUAAAUUUGCUUGUUAUACUAAUCUGCACGAUUUCCUUACUGUUGUGCUCGCGUGCGAUAUAUAGAGCGCAAAUGCUGAAGUUUGAGACGAUUCAUUUCUUCAAGAAGACGUAUGGUACAACGCUAAGCCUCGAAGGUCGAUUAGAAUUUUUAAAUUUCUGGUACAUUAUGAUCAUUGUUAAUGAUCUAUUCAUCAUUAUUGGCACCAUCAUAAAGGAACAAAUUGAGCGAAAGCAUUCCGAGACCGACCAUUGGAAUAUUUGCAGCAUAUUUCUCGGCACGGGCAAUCUACUGGUAUGGUUUGGCGUGUUGCGUUAUCUUGGCUUCUUUAAGACGUACAAUGUUGUCAUUUUGACUCUGAAGAAAGCGACGCCGAAAGUGGCAAGAUUUCUUAUAUGCGCUAUCCUUAUUUAUGCCGGUUUCACUUUCUGUGGCUGGCUGGUCCUCGGUCCGUACAACUUAAAAUUUCGUUCCCUCGCGACCACCUCCGAGUGCUUAUUCGCGUUGAUCAACGGUGAUGAUAUGUUUGCCACAUUUUCCAUUACGUCUUCCAAAUCAUCAGCAAUACUAUGGUGGUUCUCUAGAAUUUAUUUAUACUCAUUCAUUUCGUUGUAUAUUUAUGUUGUCUUAAGUUUAUUCAUUUCUGUGAUAAUGGAUGCAUACGAUACAAUAAAAAUCUACUAUCGCGAGGGUUUCCCAAGGAACGAUCUGCAGACGUUUAUAGCUCCAUGUACGGAAGAAGCAUCGAGUGGUAUUUUCAGAGAUGACUCCGAAAGUAGCGACUUGACGGAGUUACUCGAUCGAAUCUGCUGCUGUCGAAAAAGGCCCUUUUACGAAUCCUUCUCGGAAUCGGUCACAGAUCCCUCGAUCAAGUCCGAACCAGUGUAUGGUGGAGGCAUCUGCAUCUAGUGCAUUAAUGGAAAGUACCUGGAGAUAUUAUGGUGCAACUAUAGAUACAAAAUAUGACACUAGGGCGAUUACAUCAACUUCUUUGAUUUAUUAAUUUCUUGGCCAAUAAUUUUUUUCUAUUUCUGAAGAAAGAAAAGAUAUAGGCAUAAUUUAUUUCAUAGCCAUACACGAUUAUUUGUCUCUCUUUACUGUAACUUACAUAAAAAAUUAUUUCUAGUGAAAAUUGUGUAUUUU